AUGGUCGCCGAUCCUACACUCAAGGUCCUCGUCGUCUGUCUUGGGAAUAUAUGUCGCUCGCCGAUGGGCGAAGCGGUCCUGGCAGACGUCGCAGCCAAGAGGGGGAUUGACAUCGAGGUCGCCAGCGCUGGCACGGCUGGAUAUCAUGUUGGAGAAGAGCCUGACGAGCGAACGGUAGCGACGUGCAAGAAGCAUGGUGUCGCCAUCUCCCAUGAAGCACAGCAAGUCUCGACGUCUGACUUCACGAAGUACACCCAUAUAUUGGCAGCCGACGAAACCAAUCUGCGGAAUCUCAUGAACAUCAAGCCCAAAUCGGCCACCGCUGAAGUGCGGCUAUGGGGAUCGUAUUUAGACAACAAGCCAAUCCCCGAUCCAUACUAUGGAGGCAUCCGAGGUUUCGAGAACGUGUAUGAUCAAUGUACGCGACUCUCCAAUGCUUUCUUAGACGAAGUUACGGGAGACAGCACGAAGUCCGCUCUAUAG